CGAAGCUGUUACUUCUAACUGUAACCAUGCUUUUCGCCGCAUUUGGAUGUCAGCAAGCCGAAGCGAAACGCUUCCAAAUCUUGGACAUAAAAAAUCGCGUAAGUGGCGAAAAUGUCAUCUUUCAGACGUAUGUACAUUCACGAUAAUGGCACCAAAUUUGAUAUUUACUUGACGCUCAUUAAACCAUGGAAAGCGAAUGAUCUGCUUAUGAGCUUAAAGCUGAAACGUAAAGCCAACAACGAUACAUCAUACUAUAGUAAUAUAGCGCAACUCCGACGCAUCGAGGUGUGUAAAUUUCUUGCCAAUAACCAGCAGAUGUAUCUCAUGCAGGCAUUUUUUAAAAUUCCACCGGCUGUCAUAUCCCUAAUUCAAUGUCCUUUGAAGCCGCGCAACUACAAGCUCACCAAUAUCUCGGUGGAACCAAAUUUGUUUGUAAAUACCCUGGAUCCUGGCAAAUAUCGUUUCUUUGUUGAAGUGACCCAGUUAAGUUCGGGUGUCAAAUUGCUCGAUAUGCAAAUAACAGUGAUGUGCAAAAACUGAAUUUA